AUGUGCAAAAAUAACUAUAUGUGCAACAUUAUGAGUAGUGUAUCAUACGGUCUGAGUAAAUUUGCACUAGCUGUGAUGAAUUACAGUGCAGUAAUUCAGCAGUGCAUUGGUUUGUGUUAAUGAAAUUUGUCCAGUUCGAUACUGAGCACGACACAGAUCAGCAGGAAAUCUUUAAUUCUUGAAGUUUUUGGUUUAUAGUCUGGUAUCUCUGAAGGACGUGGUUGAAAAACCCUGAAACCCUGAAGGAAGUGGUUGAAUUAAAGACUUCUUAUCCUUUAGCAAAAUGAACAUGCCAGAGUCCAUGCUGCUACUGAAGUUUUAACAUGCAAUAAAUGUCAAAGAAGAUUUAACAUCUCUCCCUGCUGUUAGCAUCACACAUAACUGCCUCAUUCCUGCUCUCCUCCUCUCAUCACUUCACAAAAGGUUUUGGAUUAACACGGUAGGACUGGGCUCAUGGAUUCAGAGUCAAUCAUUAAACACUCAUACACACACAUGAGUACACACACAUACACACGCUAGAACAGGCAGUACCAACAGUCCCAGAGCAGCAGGAGUGGGAGUCGGGAGGGUUUCUGUCCUGGAGGAAUCAGGUGCUGUUUGUCACCUGGGUAACCAUGUCUCCAUGGACAUCACAAGCAGCCCAUCGGCCUGUCUGUGCCAAGUCAGGCUGAUCUGAAGUCAGUAGAUAUGACGUCAGUGGGCUUAGACCGAGACACUUGGAGUCCCAAAGUCAGAGUCAGACACGUAGCUACAGCAGCAGUGGUCUUCUUUUUGUGCCUGAGAAGAGCAGUUGCCAUUAAACAUUACGGAUGACUGACCUGAGCACAGAUCAACACUCUGUCCAGUCAGUCUGGCGUGACUCAGAUGAGUACUACAAGCAAUACCUGCACAGCUUGUUUGGGGAAUCGAUUGCUGAGUACUUCCUCAGCUCCUCCUACCUACCCAGAAACACUCCCAGCUGGUACACAGAGAUAACAGACAACAUGAGAGGUCAGAUAAGUGCCAAGGCAUUAUGGGAUGCACUAAGACAACGCUCUACUAAGAUUUUGGAGGAAAUGGAGACUGAAACCUCUCAGCAGGUUGAGAGAAUGCUAGUUGAUUGGAACUUGCUGAAGAGACAGGACCAUCUGCUACGCCUUUCAGGUUUGAGGUUCAUGUACCGCAAUGCCCAGCAUAACCAGGCCUACUCCACCCUCCUCCUGCAGCGGAGACAUCCGUCUCCUCUCAGUAACCUGGAUAUGACAGAAGGACCCAGGCAAUAUCUAACAGCAGAGAACACACUACUGACAGAAUAAGGAGAUGAGCUUGCUAUCUAAAAGUGUAGAGCUGGAGUAUCUCUCUUUAGUGAAGAAGGCUACUCAGCGCUCAUGUUAAUGGCAUUCUGAACACUGAAAUACAAUGCAGUGGUGUGUAAUAUGGUAUAAAAUUAUGUUUACUGCUAGCACAGAGCACAAUAUAUUAAAAGGGUGGAUCUUUCACCUUGUGUUUUAUAGCUUGUUCUUUUAGCUUUUAGACUUCUAGUGCCAUUGAGAAGCCAAACAUAAAUACAAAUUGCCACUGAGAGUGUGUAUGCAAUCAGUGUGUAUGGACAUCAGUGCAUUUAUGUGAAAUACAUCACAUAUGAGGUGUUAGCACCUCACUGCCACAAGGAGGCAGAAGGUUAUUGCUGUAGUGAGGACCACUGCAAAGUUCACUUCAUUUAUCUCGGUUUCUUGAACAUAAUUGUUGUCUGUUAGGUAAUUUUCAAGUUGAUAGCCUUAUUUAUACAUUAUAUAGCCUUAUUAUAUUUUUUUAUUUGCCUGACAAUGUUUUUUAGGACCCCAGGUCAGUUAUGUAAUAAAGGAUCCAAAAUACAAAAUAUUAUCAGGUAUGACACAUAAUGUGUUACUCAGCAUUAAUUUUUUUUACUAGUGCUUAGUAUGCAUGGGACAGGAUUUCACAACUGUUUUUAUAAUUUUUUCUUGGUGCAAAAAUUAUUUUAGUAAUAGGCAUACUAUACAAACGACAAUACAAUGUGUUUUAUUGUUGGAGAUUAUGAUAUUAAUAUGAAUUUGCAUGUUUUUAAAUUGCUUAAACAAAAUUUGUGAAACAGAAUAAACUACAGUUGUUUUAGGAACUAUAACUGUAAACACUGUUUUUUCCUUGUCACUUUGAAGGAAAAUGUGAAUCGAAGAAAGUGUGUCUCAGGUAUUGACCAUUAAGCAAUUAAACAAUUAAGAAAUGAUUUUGUAAGAUAUUAAAAUUACUCAAAAGAGAAAGGGAACCUACAGCCACACAUAGCAGGAUCUUAUUUACUAUAUGUAGAGACUGGACAGAGUGUUGCUUUGAGACAGAACUCUAAAAGUUAUAUGCAGUGUAAUUCAGUGCAAUGCUUAGCUGAUUGACUAUACACAAAGUUCAUCUCUCUCUCUCUCUCUCUCUCUCUCUCUCUCUCUCUCUCUCUCUCUCUCUCUGUUUUUCAGAGGCCACAUUUUUUAACUUCAGUUCAAAGAGAUCCUAAAACCUAAACAAAAGUAUAAACAAAGCACCAAAUGAGUACAAUAUUGCCACAACACAGCCUAAAUGUCUGUUUUAGUCACAGAAAAUAUAAUUAUCUUAUUCAUUAUAUGAAAACAAAAUCAUAUUCAUGCUAGUGUAUGCUGCACCAUUGACGAUUUUGAUGUCAUGUUAAUGCGACUACUCGAGCUCUACAAUCAUGUGUUGUUGUGAAUUGACUCUUUUGGGUGAAUUGGCUCUUUUGGGUGGACGCUGAGAGUCGACUUUUAUUUUUAUUUAUUUUUUUUUUCUUUUUGGUAGACGCAAGCAAUACCAUUACUCUUGCAGUGUAAUUUAAUCAACAUGCUUCCAUGAAUGUAUUUUUUACAAUCUGAGCUGUUAGUUGAUUAGCUGUUAGUGUGAAUGUUGACUCUCAUCCAUUUGACUCUCGGCUAUUUGACUCUCAGCUAUUUGACUCUCAGCUGUGUGAAUGAAGAAGCCUGAGAGGGAGGAUCUGUAUGUAAUCAAGUGCAUUAGGGAAGGAGAUUAGUUAUCAAGAUAAAAUGGAAAAGGAAAUAACAUGAAUGCAGGAAUGCUUAUUGUACUGUGUACAAUUGUACAUCUUCUGUGUACGUUUGUGGUAACUUGCUGAUUUUUCCAUAAUUUAACCCAUGUGUGCUGUUUGUGUGCUGUUCACUACUUUGUGUACUGUUCACUACUUUGUGUACUCUUCAUAAGUCAUAUUGCUUUGGGCAGCUGAGACAGAUAAUAUAAUGUUUGAAAUGACCAACCACACCAUUUUCUGGUAAGCUGUUUAAAUCUCUUUCUUCAUGAUCAGUAUAGAAAAUGAGACAAUAAAGCUUCAUGUUGAAAAAAAAAAUGUUGGUAACACUUUCUAUGCACUUUCCAUGCUCAUA